AUGGAUAUUCAGAUACUCUCUGACUUGCACCUGGAAUCUCCCUCGGCUUAUAAUCUCUUCUCCGCCCCACCGAAAGCCCCCUAUCUCGCUCUGCUAGGCGACAUAGGCAAUGUCCGCGACAAGGGGUUCUUCACCAUCGAAACCCAACUUUGGUGGUUCCAGACUGUUUUCUUCCUGAUGGGGAAUCAUGAAAAGGUCAGCCAGCGAAAUGAUGAAGGGCUCGGAACAUUCGUUUUCUUAGAUCGGACAAGAUACGAUGUAACCGCUGAUAUUACAGUCCUGGGGUGCACGCUAUACUCGCAUAUUCUUGUCCAGCAAGAGACAGCUCUGGGUAUAGGACUGAAACACUUCUUUCGAAUUGACAACUGGUCGGUGCCGGGUCACAACAUCGCUCAUGCUGGUGAUCAGGCAUGGCUGAAUGAACAAGUUACAUCCAUCAUGUCCUCGGAGCCUGGAAAGAAAAUUGUCAUUUUCACCCAUUAUGGGCCCCUUUCUGCCGAUGUGAGAGCCACUAGUCCUAUGCAUAUAGGUGGUCCUAUUAGUGGGGGGUUUGCAACGGGUUUGACAGCUGAGGAGUGUUGGAAGAGCCCCAAUGUAUGUCUUUGGGCCUUUGGACACACGCAUUUCAACUGUGACUUUACACUUGAGGUAGAGGGGUCUAAGAGCAGGAUCUUAACCAAUCAGCGCGGGUAUUACUUUAAACAAGCACCAGGCUUCGAUGUCGGAAUGGUGGCCAGGGUUUAG